ACAGUGAGACCUGUGUUAUCGUAUCGGGCGAGAUGCGAGCGACUCGUAUGCGCCGACGCACUCUCAUAUCGCGCUUAAUUUUACAACCUGACAUUUACUGCUCAGGUUUUUGGAAACGACAGACAAAUAAACUCGGAUUAAACGUAUAGUCACCUUCGGGUUCCUGUGCUGUACAGUGCAGUGUGUGAUAUAAGCAGUGAGCCACAGAACUUUUACUGACUCUCACUUUCCUGGCGCCAAGCGAUCAUGAUCACGAGCACUGAAAACAUAAGCAGUGUCAACGAGCUCACCAGAUCAAACAUACGUCUGACGGGCGCUCCACCACGGACGUCAUGGAAGGAGCAAUCCAAAAAAAUAUUAAAAUACGUGAAGAAUAUUUUCCGCGAGACUACGGUGGAACCAUGUUUGUUUAUUUACAUGUUGUGCACCGCGAUAUCUUCUCUAGCUGUCAUGAACAUGCACCUGGAUAAAGCCUGUAGGGUGAACUUUGAUUAUGGAUCUGAUAUUUGCGAUCGCAUCUCGAGAAGAAAUACGACUGGACUCGAUGAGGAAGACAAGGAAAUUCAAUCACUCGUCGCUGCAGUGGUGGCCUGGAAGUUCCCUCUUCAGACAGCAAUACCUGCAGUAAUGGUGCUAUUUGUUGGAGCAUGGAGCGAUAAGUACAAAAAGCGAAAAAUAUGCAUUCUGUUCCCAUUUAUUGGAGAAAUAAUUUGUAAUAUAGGACUGUUGUUCGCUACGUACUUUUUUAAGGAAUUAUCACUGACAGCGACAGCUUUGAUCGAAGCGUUGCCCGCGGCGUUCACCGGCGGGUACAUUAUUAUAUUUAUGGGAAUGUUCAGUUUUAUGACCGACCGAACUACGAUAGAAAACAGGACUUUUAGACUGGGGCUCGUGACGAUAUGUGUGACGGCGGGGACACCGACCGGGACGGCUUUGAGUGGUAUAUUGUUGCGUUCACUGGGAUACUAUGGGGUGUUUUCCUUACUGCUAGUGCUAUAUACAAUGUCAUUUUUAUAUGGCUUGUUCAGACUGGAAGAUGUAGUAAAUCCUGAGGAGGCGAGGUACGUUGCUCCCGAAAAGAAGCAAGAAUGGAAUGUUUUGAAGGACGUGUUUCAACUUGUGGGGAACACUGUGAUGGUGGCUGUGAAACCUCGUGCGUUUGCAGGGAGGACUCAGAUAUUCUGUGUGUUACUAUUGUACCUGCUUAUGGUUGGACCUCUUUAUGGCGACUCGCAAGUGGCAUAUCUUUACGUGAUUCGCAAAUUCGGGUUCACGGAGGUGGAAUACAGCGUUUAUGGUACAAUAAACAUCGUCUUAGGACUCUUUGGAACCGUCUUCUGUAUAUCAGUCCUCAGCAAAAGACUGAAAGUGCAGGACAGCGCUAUAGGAGUCCUCGCAGGAGUGAGCAGGAUAGCUAGCUGUUUCAUGUUUGCGUUUGCGCCGACGAGACCGUGGUACUAUUCGGCUCCACUGCUGAAUAUCUUCAGUCAUACUGGCUUGACGGCUGUCAGGUCUUUGAUUACGAAGAGUGUUCCUACUGAGGAAGUUGCCAAACUGAGUGCCCUCGUAGGAGUGAUGGAGGCUGUAGCCCCGUCGAUAUAUAUGCCAGCAACGAGUCAUAUCUACAUGAUGACCAUCGACAGCUUUCCUGGUGCCUUCUACAUGUUCGAUGCCGCCUUAACUGUCGUCGCUUUAGGACUUUUUGGUUUCAUAUACGUGUUGGUGAGGAAAAGAAUCAGAGCUACAGUCACGGAUCCAAGCAAGAAAGAGGAAUUUGCACGAUCUAAUGAAGUGUCUCGUUUUUAACUAUUAUUAUGCUAAUAUUAUUAGUUAGUUUGAAAUGAAUGAUCUGAAGAUGAAAGAAUUUAUGUUUUAUUGUUUGUAAAAUUGCCAUAAGUUAGUAAAUAAGUAGAUUAGUUAAGGUUUAGCACUUUAUUGUCUGCCGUGAUUUUAUAAUUCUUAAAAUAACUAUGUAUUUAGUUCUGAAUCUUUCGUGAGUUGCAUUUAAAGUGAACUUAUUUAGACUGAAAUUAGAGGUAUCAGAUUUCAUGAGAACCUUUAUGGGAACGCUUGUAUUUUUUUUUUUCAAAAUGUAUUGUUCAAUUUUACCUGUUUAGAUGGCGGAAACUAAAUAAAAAAGAAUUUCUAAAUAAUGUAAAAGCAAGUCCGUCUUGCGUUAAUUGUGCAAUGUUUAAAUAAAAAGUGUUUGUAAAAGAAAAAUAAGCGAAGACUGUGCUAUGUUAUACUUGUUGUAAUUAAUUAAACAAUUAUAAAAGGAAAUCUCUAUGAAAUAUACGUUUUGUUAUCUUGGAUUUGUGUAGUCGUUUGUUUAUUUAGAUGAGAACUCAAGUCAAUGUUCUAUUAUCUGUUUGCAAAUAGUAUGAAGUGAUGACGAUUAGCAACAAUCUAGUAGACGAAAAUUCUUCUUUUGUUUGAGUAUGUGUUGCUAUGGGAACAAUGUGGAAUUAGAUAUGACCUUGUCUAAUUGAAGAGUAAUUUUAAUUAUCUGUGUCUGGAAAAAUCUGGUUUUUGGUGUUGCAGAUAAGAAAUCGUUGUCUACUGCUAAAAUUAUAAUAAGAUAUUUUAAUAGGACAAGAUAUUUAUGUUAUGUUUGAAGGGUUUUUAGAGAGUGAAACAUAUUGAGCAACUUUAAUUAAAGAGACUGCCAAAAUAACUCCAUUAACCAAAACAAACAAUUAAAUAAUCCUUGUGAAUAAUAAAGGCAAGUGUCAAA